AUUAAAAUGAUUUGGUUUUAAGAAAAUUAAUUCGAACCUACAACCAAAUCAAUUUAAACAAAUAAGAAUCUAAACCAUAUCUUACUCUAACAACGGUGGCACUCGUGGAAGCAAGACGCGACAUCGUUUCCUCAAAACACCACGCCGCAUGGAGCCGAUGAACCAUCACGACAACAACUCCGGCGGAGGCGGAGGCGGAGGCGGCGGCGGUAAUUCCUCCUCCUCCUCAGCGCCGCCGCGGCGGUCAAUUUGCCCUAAUUGCUCCAGGCCGGAACCAGUAUGCCUCUGCAAAUUCUUACCGUCUCCACCAAUCGCAACCAGAACCAAAAUCAUUAUCCUCCAGCAUCCUCACGAGGCUCGCCACAAGCUCUCCACCACACCAGUCCUCGGGAAGUGCCUCCUCAACGCCACCACCAUCGUCGGCCGCCGCCUCCGGCCAGGCCUCUCCGAACUCCUCGACCAGUCGCCUCCCGCCGUCUACCUCUUCCCGCCGUCCGCCGCCUCUCCAGCCGUCGACAUAUCGAGCCUCGACUCCUCGUCUCCGAUCCGGCGCGGAGAUUCCGAUCUGGUCCUCAUCGCGUUCGACGGAACGUGGAAGCACGCGAAGGAGAUGGUGCGGUCGAGCGAGGAGUUCCUGUCGAAGUUCGCGACGAGAGUUUGCCUGGAUUCCGACGAUAAUGUGGACGGCGGAAGCAUCUACGAUUCGGAGCUGAUUCUGAGGAAGGAGCCGCACGGCGGCUGCGUGAGCACGAUGGAGGCGGUGGCGCGGUGUUUGGGAGCGGUGGAAUCGAACGGGGCGGAGAUUGAGAGGAGAUUGAUCGGAGUUUUGAGGGAAAUGGUUAGGUUUCAGGCCGGCUACGUGAAGCCCAUGAACCCUAGGCCCAAAUUGAAGAACAGCAAGAACAAGAAGAAGAACAAGGAGAAUGAAAUUGCAUGAAUAUUAAUAUACUUAUAUUGUUCCUAUCAUUUUUUCUAAGGUUAAAUUAUGAAUUUCAUCUCAUUUGACCCUAACCACACUUUACAUAUUCUAUUG